CUCUCGCUCGCCUAUGGUGCCAUUGGCGUCGUCUACGGGGAUCUGGCCACCUCGCCGCUCUACACACUCUCGUCCGUCUGGUCAUCCGCGACCCCGACACAGCGGCAGAUCCAGGGCACGCUCUCCUGCAUUCUGUGGGUGCUGACGCUGGUCAUCAUCGUCAAAUACACAAUCUUUGUUUUACUGGUUGAUGAUAACGGUCAGGGCGGCACGUUUGCUAUAUACUCCCUGCUCUCGAGGUAUGAGCCAACCCUUGGACUGUCCGAUGCAGAGGACCAGAGGGCCAAGACCGAAGGAAAUAGCUCAAGCCGCGACGAAACGGAGCCCCUUCGCUCCCGACCGGCGUCCUUUCUGAAGCGCAUUCCCAUGGCACACUCGCUCCUGCUGGGCACGGUGCUCAUGGCAUCAUCGAUGGUAAUCUGCGACGGCGUUCUCACGCCUGCGAUCUCAGUCAUGUCGGCGUACGAGGGCAUCCUGGUCCAGUUCCCAGAUGCCCAGGAAGCCAUUAUUCCCCUGAGCUGCAUCACGCUGUUUCUGCUCUUCCAGGCACAAGUCUUUGGCACCCACAAGCUUGCCAGGGGAUUCAGCCCCAUCAUCAUUACGUUUCUGGCCUCGAAUGCAUCCAUAGGCGUGUGGAACAUCUUCGUCACCGGCGGCGUUGACAUGGUUCUGGAAGCAUGGAACCCAGUCCUCGCCAUUGAGUACAUGAUGACUGAGCCGCAUGCCUGGAAGUCACUUGGAAGCAUUCUGUUGUGUAUCACUGGAACAGAGGCGCUCUAUGCAGACAUGGGCCACUUCAGCCGUCCAGCCAUCCAGCUGGCCACCAGCCUGUUCGCCUAUCCAUGCCUGGUCCUGACGUAUUCUGGUCAGUCCGCACGAGUUGCCAGCGACCCUGAGAACUACCAGAGUCCGUACUGGGACUCUGUUCCGCGCACCUUCUACUAUCCCAUGCUGGCGCUCUCUGUGCUGGCAACGAUUGUGGCAUCGCAAGGCAAGUCAUUGAUCUCGGCCACUUUCUCGAUCGUCUUCCAGGCGAAGCAGCUUGAUGCCUUCCCGCCCGUCAAGGUCGUCCACACCUCCGAGAAGGUUCACGGGCAGAUCCAGAUUCCGCAGGUCACAUUUGCGAUGAUGUGCUUGACCAUGAUGGUCGUCUUGAUCUUCAAGAGCUCGGAUCAGCUCGCCGGCGCAUACGGCAUCGCCGUCAGUUUUGUGAUGCUCAUUACCACCGGACUCGUGGCCGUGGUGAUGGCCACUUGCUGGAACUGGCACUGGUCUCGAUACAUCACGUUUUUGGUGGUGUUUGGCCUUUUGGAUGUGAUUCUGUUUUCCUCCACGAUUCUCAAGUUCCUGAACGGCGGGUGGUUUCCGAUCGGGCUCGCCAGCAUGGUCAGUUUGCUGAUGCUCGUGUGGCGAUGGGGGAAGCUCCUGGGCCGACAAAAGGCCGAAAUCCAUGCCGAAACCGAGGAGGAAGCCAUGAAAACACUUCUUUCCCACACGAUGGGAUGCAUACAGCCAGACAUACCGAGGGCAGCCGCAGAGUCGUCCAGACCCAGCGACAAAGUCCAAGUAGCUUCUCUGCUUACGCCGGAACCAUGCAUCAUACUUCCGAGAAUGGGCAUUUUCUACAGCUCGCAGCCACACAAGCUCCCAACUGCGCUGUACCAGUUUUCACAAAGCAUGCCGACAAUGUUCAAGGUCGUGGUAUUUCUGCACCUCCAACACUCAAUGAAAGCGUCGAUCCAAUCCAAGGAUCGCCUCGUGGUUAGCGUCACCAAGUAUCUGAAUGUUUACAACGUCACCGCCCGCUACGGAUACAUGGAUGAGCUUGAGAAUGGCAGAGAGCUUGCGCGGCAGAUCUUGGAUGAAAUCAGGUCGCAUCAGUCCCGCACAGCUCCAGGGCCCCUGUCAUCUCGCUUGGACCACGAAACUGACCACACGGUCGGAUGUCAAGCUACUGAAACGUUGGCUUUGCCCGCAGGAACCGCCGUUCCUCCAAGCGACUUGGAGCCCAUCUACAUUCUCAGCCGGACGGAGCUCGCCUCCGACCCUCUUGCGUGGGGACGCAUGGCAGCCAUCCGCAAGGUCCUGCUGGAGGGGAUAUUCAACUACCUGACGGUCAACACCGUGAGCGGCACCGUCAUUCGCAGGCUCCCGGUCGACCGUUCGAUUGUGGUCGUCAGUCGCAAGGUUGUUUGAGCAGAUACUGACGCGGCUCGAGCUCGAUCGUGUCAGGGAUGAAUGUGCGACUGUAUCUGGGGUGAGUCCGAUGGUGAGGAGUGCCUGGGUCACCAGCAAUGAUCUUGUCACUUGGCACAGUGUCGUCCCCAUGAACGUCGCGUGAGUUGAAUAUACAGUCAAUCGAGAAAGAAACGGGGCAGUUCCCCCUUUGGUUCCAGAUGUCUGAAGCUCCAUAGUGUAUCGAUAUCGAGAUGCUCGACCUUCUCGAGUCGCUUGGCUUCCCGACAGUGUGAGCACACCUGGGAUGUGUUGAACUCGUUCACCG